GACUGUAGACGACAGUCUAGUACACACACGACAAGGCUACGGAAGCACACAAGAGAGCAUGGCUGAGAAACUUUUAAAUGGUGUGAUGAGUGAUGUAACUAAUUUGACGAUGAAGGAUACUCUGUCCUCACAGACAGGGACAUUCAAGGUGAAGGCUGGCCUGGCUCAAAUGGCAAAAGGAGGCAUCAUUAUGGACGUGACAACUGCAGAGGAGGCCCGAAUAGCUGAGGAGGCUGGAGCAUGCGCAGUCAUGGCACUUGAACGUGUGCCGGCUGAUAUUCGAAGAGAGGGGGGCGUAGCUAGAAUGACAGAUCCAAAGAAAAUAAAGGGAAUAAUAGCCGCGGUGACCAUUCCUGUGAUGGCUAAAUCAAGGAUCGGCCAUUUUGCAGAGGCUCAGAUUCUGCAAGCCCUCGGAGUGGACAUGGUGGACGAAUCAGAAGUUUUAACGCCAGCUGAUGAGGUUAAUCACAUUGAUAAACAUCAGUUUGAGGUCCCAUUUGUGUGUGGAGCGCGUGACCUGGGUGAAGCGUUGCGCAGAAUCUCUGAGGGUGCCGCCAUGAUCCGGACAAAAGGAGAAGCCGGCACUGGUGACGUUUCUGAAGCUGUUAAACAUGCCAGAACAAUCAACAAACAGAUCAAGAUUGCGUGUGCAUUGGAUUCCACAGAACUCUACAACUACGCCAAAGAACUCUGCGUGCCACACGAGCUGCUCAAAAAGACGACAGAGUUGGGGAGACUUCCAGUUGUCAAUUUCGCUGCAGGGGGCCUAGCAACUCCUGCUGAUGUUUCCCUGCUGAUGCAGCUAGGCGUGGAUGGUGUGUUUGUAGGGUCAGGAAUCUUCAAAAGUUCGAAUCCCACAAAACGGGCACUCGCCAUGGCUCAAGCUGUGACGCACUACAAAGACCCCAAGAUACUGGCAGAGCUGAGCUCGGACCUUGGUGAAGCUAUGUUUGGUGUUCCCCAUGGAGAUCAAUCCGCUGACAAGUGGGCUAAAACAAAGAACACUGCUGGAGCAGAGAAAAUGAAAAUCUGGGAUGCCACACUUGGCGAUCCAGCUAAGUCUAAGGCACAGUGAUGACACCAGUGUCUCCCCUUUCCCAUAGGGCUGUGUGUUGUUUUCUGUAACUUGUGACAUCACUGGAGCUUUGCUGUAUAGAUGGGGUUACCAGUGCUGUAACUUGUGACAUCACUGGAGCUUUGCUGUAUAGAUGGGAUUACAAGUGCUGUAACUUGUGACAUCACUGGAGCUUUGUUGUUUAGAUGGGGUUACCAGUGCUGUAACUUGUGACACCACUGGAGCUUUGUUGUAUAGAUGGGGUUACCAGUGCUGUAACUUGUGGCAUCACUGGAGCUUUGUUGUAUAGAUGGGAUAACCAGUGCUGUAACUUGUGACAUCACUGGAGCUUUGCUGUAUAGAUAGGGUAACCAGUGCUGUAACUCAUGACAUCACUGGAGCUUUAUUGUAUAGAUGGGGUUACCAGUGCUGUAACUUGUGGCAUCACUGGAGCUUUGCUGUAUAGAUGGGGUUACCAGUGCUGUAACUUGUGACAUCACUAGGCUUUGCUGUAUAAAUGGGAUAACCAGUGCUGUAGCUCGUGACAUCACUGGAGCUUUGCUGUAUAGAUGGGAUUACCAGUGCUGUAACUCGUGACAUCACUGGAGCUUUGUUGUAUAGAUGGGGUAACCAGUGCUGUAACUCGUGACAUCACUGGAGCUUUGCUGUAUAGAUGGGAUUACCAGUGCUGUAACUUGUGGCAUCACUGGAGCUUUGCUGUAUAGAUGGGGUUACCAGUGCUGAAACUUGUGACAUCACUAGGCUUUGCUGUAUAA